AUGUACCCGUUCCUACACUUACUGCCCGAUGGUUCGCUGUUCAUCUUCGCGGAUCGAUCGUCUGAGACCUUCGACGUCACAUCGAGCCGCACUAUUGAGACCAUGCCUGAGUUACCCGGAUUGCACAGAACAUAUCCAAACACUGGCGGAAGUGUAAUGCUUCCCCUACACCGGAGCAACAAUUAUGAACCGGAGAUCAUGAUUUGUGGCGGAGGACAAGCACAGGCAGUUGAUAGCUUGUGUGAUGCCACUUGUGGGAGGCUGAGGCCGCUCAGCUCGAAGCCGAAGUGGCAGAUGACUUCGAUGCCCGAGCCUCGAGGAAUGGUUGAAGCUGUACUGCUUCUCGACGGCACUGUCCUCUGGCUCAAUGGUUAUCAGCAAGGAGCGCAGGGCUUUGGUUUGGCCACAGAGCCAGCUCUCGAAGCAUUAAUAUACGACCCCGAAGCGAGCAAGUGGUCGGUACAUGGGAAAUCAAGGAUACCGAGACUGUAUCAUUCCGUUGCGUUGCUGAUGUUGGAUGGCACAGUGCUCGUUGCUAGCAGCAACCCCAAUGAAAUGCCAGUGACGAUAGACCAGGUCGAUGGAAAUGACCAACAAAAAGCAUUUCCGACCGAGUUCAGGAUCGAGAGCUAUACUCCGGUGUACCUGAAAGGUAACAAUGCAUCACGCAGACCUACCGAUGUCAAGUUGCUAGAUCGAACGUUCGCUGCCAACUCUAGCUGCGAAAUCGAGUUCAGCAGCGUGGAAGACGUCGAAAGUUUGGACAUCGUUUUGUACUCGGGAGGCUUUGUGACUCAUUCUUUGCACAUGGGUCAAGUAAUGGUAUAUUUGGAGCACAGCAGCUGGGAGACCUCGAAUGCCGGCCGCACGAAAGUACAAGCUUAUAUGCCAGAUGGAGUCAAGAUUGCGCCUGGACCUUAUGUUGUUUAUAUAGUUGCGAAUGGUGUACCUGGAAUAGGUCAGUUUGUGACGUUCAAGCUCUGA